AUGGUGGGAGUCUCGCAUUCAUCAUCCAGCGAGAUCAAAGAAUAUAUUCAGGACAGUUGGGAAAGCAACACAACACCCAACACUCAGGAGAACGGCGGCAUUUCAUUCAAAAUGAAUAACAAAUGGCUAAGUAUUGCCAUUUUUAUGGCAUUAUAUAUUAACCUUUCCCGGGGUUAUUCAGCAUUGGAGGAUGCUCGUAUUAUUGCCGAAUAUAAGAAGAGCAUCCAAUCGAAACCUGACGAAUUAAAUCAUGCUGAAAUUGCUCGUAAAUUGGUUCAUCAAACAGAUUGGGCUGCGGUUGGUACAAUAUCACAAAAACCAGCAAUAAAAGAUUAUCCCAUGGUUAAUAUCAUCUCGAUAAAUGAUAACGAUGGGCAGCAAAAGUCAACGGGACGCAUACAAUUUCUAUUAACUGAUUUGGAUUUUACUGGUGCGGAUAGGAAAGUGAAUAAUAGGACAACAUUCCUAUUUACCGAUGAACAAAGACUACAUUGUUCACAAGCUAUACCAUCAACUGAUCCUAUGGAGCCGAAAUGUGCCCGGGCAGUGAUAAGUGGACAAAUUAAAAAGUUGGAUAAAGAUAGCCCAGACUAUAGCCCAGCUGAGGCAUCUUUUAUAAAACGUCAUCCAGCUGCUGAAAAUUGGAUAAAAAGGCACAAUUUCUAUUUAUGUGAAUUGGAAAUUGAAAAUAUUUACGUAUUGGAUAGCUAUGGUGGUCCUCAGAAUAUCAAAGCCGAUGAUUAUUACAAUAUUAAAUUGGAAUAA